UCCACCAGUACAGACCGCGCACAGCGUACACAGGCAGAGCCUUUUUAAUAGACCUUCUCUGGUACAGCCUUUGGACUUCGGCACACGGUAAACUACAGUUAGCGUCCCGUCGUAAAGACUCAGUACAGAAAACUUAGAAGUUCUCCACAUAACUUUCGGCCUAUAGCUACAGUAGCCAUUUACAAGCUUUUCUUUUCAAAGAGGACGGAACAUACGUAACAUUUCCAAAGAUAUCCAAGGCAGUGUUGAGCAUUUCAACAGUUUUCAGUCUCCCGGUUUGUUGUUGUUUCACUUUUUUGUUUCGGGGACUUUUGGACUUGGACUGCAUCUCAAGCGAAGAAAACUUCACCGAACGGACUUAUUUAUUGGUCUCAAAGUAUGCGCGCCUGGACUUAAAUUUGCAAAGCCAUUUUAUACUAAACUGGAGCGGUUUUCAUGUGUCAAGGAACUACAUGGACACGAAAACUCAAGUAAGUUAGCCCUAGCUAGGUCAGUCAACCAAGUUGCUAGCUAACUUUAUUGCGCUGCUCUGGUGAAGUGAAAUCACAUCAACGCACAAGUUAAUACACAUCUCAACUCCAUGAGGAAAUUCAACGUGGGAUUUGAAUCUUUGUUGUAGUUAAAUCUUGAGGAAAAACGCUUCUCACCUCAUCCCUUGCCAUUGUACCCGACUAACCAGGACUUUCAGCAUUAUGGCAAUGAAGUCGACUGUUGCGCUUUCAGUAUUUUAUUUUCUGACCGUGAUUUUUGCCUCGGCGAAAGCAGACCCCAAGACGAAAAACUGCAAUGAUGUGAAAGAAGCAUAUAGCUCCAAAGGUUUCAAUGUCAACGAUGUACCCGACAAAGGAGUACACGGUAACCUGAAGGUGUGUCCGCAGGGCUUCUCGUGCUGCACGCUGGACAUGGAGGAGAAGCUGAAGCAGCAGAGUCACAUCGACCUGCGGGAGCCAAUCAGCCGCCUCAGUUCCAACCUGCACAGCACCUUCACACAGAGGCUGCAGCACUUUGACCGUUUCUUCCGUGAGCUGCUGGACAAUGCGGAGAAGUCACUGCACGACAUGUUCGUUCGCACCUACGGCCAAAUGUACAUCAAGAACGCAGAGCUCUUCAAGCGCUUCUUCCUGCAGUUGCGUCGCUACUACGAGCGCGGCGGCGCGGCCGUCAACCUGGACUCCAUGCUGGCCGACUUCUGGGCGGAGCUCCUGGAGCGCAUGUUCCGAUUGGUCAACGUGCAGUACGAGUUCAGCGACGACUACAUGGAGUGCGUGAGCCGGCACACGGAGCAGCUGCGGCCCUUUGGAGACGUGCCCAGGAAGCUGAGGCUGCAGCUGACCAGGGCCUUCAUCGCCGCACGCACCUUCACCAGGGGCCUGCAGCUCAUGUCCGACGUGGUCAACAAGGUCUCCACGGUGGGGCCGACCCCUAGUUGUGUGCGUGCGGGCAUGAAGAUGAUGUACUGCCCCUACUGCUCUGGGCAGGUGGCCCUGCGCCCGUGCCAGAACUACUGCCUCAACGUGCUGCGGGGAUGCCUGGCCAACCAGGCCGACCUGGACUUCGAGUGGAACAACUUCCUGGAUGCCAUGCUGGGCCUGGCUGAGAGGCUGGAGGGGCCAUUCAACUUCGAGUCGGUGAUGGACCCCAUCGACGUCAAGCUGUCCGACGCCAUCAUGAACAUGCAGGAGAACAGCAUGCAGGUCUCACAGAAGGUGUUCCAGGGCUGUGGGCAGCCCAAGGUGAGCAAGGUGUUCCGCGCCCAGCGCUCCAUCAAGGAGCCCACCUUCACGGGCCGCUUCCGGCCCUACAGUCCCGACGCCCGGCCCACCACCGCCGCCGGAACCAGCCUGGACCGACUGGUACUGGACGUGAAGAAGAAGCUGAAGCAUGCCAAGAAGUUCUGGUCGACACUUCCCGACACCGUGUGCGUGGGAGACCGCAUCGCCAGCGCAGAUGACUGCUGGAACGGAACCGCCAAGAGCAGGUACGAGUCGGUGGUGAUGAACAGCGGUCUGGCCAACCAGCUGGCCAACCCUGACGUGGAGGUGGACAUCACCAAACCCGACAUGGUGAUCCGCCGGCAGAUCGCCGUGCUCCGGGAGAUGACACAGCGACUGAAGGCGGCGCACAGCGGCAACGACCUCUCCGACGCCAACGCGGACAACGCAGACGCUGAGGAAGACGGCAGCGGCGAGGAGAGCGGCAGCGGCUGCGACUCCCCCGGCUGCGGCCCGGACACGGACAUGUACUUCUCCACGCCGGCGCCCAAGAAGCCCGAGGUGCGGCUGGUCCACACGGACCAGGACAAGAAGAGCAGCGCCAUCUCAGCCCACAUUGGAGCCCACGGCCUCCUCAUGCCUCUCCUCCUCUCCCUCCUCCUGCUCCUCGCACUGGAGACACACUGGAGAUAAGAGAGCACCCCCAUCACCAACAACAACCCACCCCAUGGAGGUUAAGGGAGAGAGAGAGAUAAAGAGAGUGACAGAGAGAGGUGUAAAGAAAGAGAGGAAUGGAGAGCAGGAAGAUGCAUACAAACAAGCAAGCAAGCAAGCAAACGAACGAACUGAGUGACUUUUAUUUUGAAGAAGAAAAAAAAGACUGCCUUCCAGACCCUCUUUGUCUGCCUGUUGAUCUGGGGGAAAAGAUUCUUAAAUGCUAUCAUCAUACCUUCACUUUUUAGGAUAAAUGUUUUUUUUAGUUUUUUUUGCUUUUUUUGUUUGUUUUGUUACUUACUUUCUUUUUCAAUCAAGACGUGGACAUUCAUAUGCUAUCAUCUGUGUGGGAUUCAGAACCGAAUAUCAAGCCCUUUUGUUAGUUUUCUGUUGUUGUUUUGUUUAGUUUUUUGUUUUUCUCCGCCAUCUUGAACAGGGUUUGUAACAUACCCCACGUCACAAGCAGUGUCUAACCCUCUGCUCAGAUUUUAAUGUUUUUUAAUUGGUGAUAGAAUAACUUUAUGGGUGUCUGGAGGGUUUGGAUGUAAAGUGUGCGCGUGCGCGUGUAUGUGUGUGUGUGCAUGUAUGCGUGUAUGUCUGCGGAUGUGUGUGUGUACGUGUGUGUGUGUGUGUGUGUGUGUGUGUGUGUGUGUGUGUGUGUGUGUGUGUUGUGUGUGUGUGUGUGUGUGUGUGUGUGUGUGUGUGUGUGUGUGUGUGUGUGUGUGUGUGUGUGUGUGUGUGUGUGUGUGUGUGUGUGUGUGUGUGUGUGUGUGUGUAAAUGAUUGUUUUUUGUAAAUACAUGCAAAAUGUUGGUCUGCCAAUUAACCUAUCCAUGUACUACAUAUUUAGAUUGAUUAAGCAACAAAAGUGUAGCAGCAAGUACUCUGUAAUCAGCCAUGGCUUUUAUAACCAGGUGUGUGCGUGCGUGUCUGUCUGGGUGUCCAUGCGCGCGCGCGCGUGUGUGUGUGUGUGUGUGUGUGUGUGUGUGUGUGUGUGUGUGUGCGUG